AUGGAGGCCUCGGAAAAAGCGCCUCGCAAGAGGGUCUCUCGGGCCUGCGAUCGCUGUCGCAGCAAAAAGGAUAAAUGCGAUGGAAUCCGCCCUACCUGUUCUGCCUGCCAAGCCUCCGGUCAAUCCUGCUCGUACGAUCCCCACGCGAAGAAACGCGGUCUACCGGAAGGUUACGUGCGCGGACUGGAGAAGCUAUGGUCCCUGUCAAUCUGCAACAUCGAUGGAUUCGAAGAUACAAUGCUAGCGAUGCUAGGGAGUACCGCGGAGUCGGCCGGUCGACGCGAGAACCUGAUGUCCGUAUGGUCGGAUGACGCCGCCUCCGAGAGUCUGCACGAGUCGUGGAAAACGAGUCGGCUGUAUGGUGCGCUCGAGAAAAUGCUCUCGAAUUCAGACGCGCCGACGACAGGGAAGCGCGCGCGGCCCCUGGAUCAUUCCGUGCGAGUGUCGCGCACAGCUACGCCGUUGGGUCCCGAUGCGCCGCGCGUGAUCGAGCCGACUUCUUCGGUGAAGAAGAUGCGCGUGGAUGAUCGCGUGCCUUGUUUACAUAGUCUCCAACUCCCGCCGCAGACGUCGCAGCAGCUGGAUGUGUAUUUUGCAGUGACACAUUCGUGGUUUCCAGUCAUCGCCAAACACAACAUUCUUCGUGCCUCGUACCUCUAUGCGAACGCGCCUUUUGCCAUUGCUGCGACAUCUCCAGGGUCUGGAGACCAUGCAGCUCUGUGGGCAAUUCUCAGCUACACUGUGACUCAACCCCGACCGAACCAACCGGCUAGUCCCGGCGCGGCCAAUCUAGCAAAAGAGUAUUACGCCAUCUCACGAAGCCUCAUUCCCGCAGAGACAGAGCGUUAUGAGCUUGGACACAUCCAGGCGUUGCUUUUGCUGACAUUCGUGAACACGGGUCUGCAGAAUUGGACUGCCGCCUGGUUGCUGAGCGGCCAGGCCGUAAGGAUGGCUAUUUCCAUGGGGCUGGGUACAUAUCCCAGGCCCAAUUCCAGGCGAUCCGAUGAGAUUAGACAGGGGAAGACGGUAUUCUUGGGCUGCUUCGUUGUUGACUCAUUACUUUCCUUUAGCCUUGGGCGCAGCCCAGCUAUACCUCCAAAUGACAUCGCCACAGUAGGCCUGUUGGAAGAGGAUGGAUUGGAGGAAUGGAACUCAUGGGUGGAUGUGCUGCCACCGACGGGAGCUUUGCAGAGUAGCAAGAACCCACCGCGCCGAGGUCCACUCAUGGCACUGAGCUGUUUCAAUCGCUUGGUUGAGCUGGCCAGUGUAUUGAACAAAGUCUCGCGCCAUAUAUCCUCGGGUUAUAAUAUGGCCACAUUUGCACAGCAGCUGGUCAUGGAUCUUAAGCAAUGGGAUGAUUGUUUGCCUCUAGCGUGUCGCUUGAUUGGACCAGAGAGCAUCUAUCCUGAACGACAUUCUGCCUUGCUUCCUCAUCAGAGCUACUUAGGCCUAACAUAUGUGGCUACGUUGUUGUGGCUAUAUCUCCAGCUGAUCCCUGGAGAACAGGGACAGGAUCACUCGCAGAGACCUGCUACAGAAGGCGCCAAGAAGCUUCUUUAUCGAGGACUGACCAUGCUCAGCCAGCGCAUGGAGAACUUCCCCAUGUGUGGUCUUCCUCCACUGUUUGAAUUGAGUCUGCGUACAAUCUCUGAACAAGCCCAUGCGCUACAAAGCUUUGAAUGCGCCAGCUUCCCUUUUGCCCGCUGGGCAGAUGAGUUCCGCCACAAAACGGCCGGCUUAACAUCGGCGUGGCCUUCCAUCAUGGAGCGGUGGCAAUCGAAAGAUGCACCAUCUUUGCCUGUCAAUCCGCUCGCAUCAUUCUCUCCAAUGCAACCCCCAACCCGUCCAAAUGACGAAUACACCUCCAUUCUCGGCAUUAGCAUGCCCGUUGACGGCCAAUCCCUAACUCCAAAAGACACGGUUAUGGAGAACUCAGAUCUCAUGAUGGAUCUUCCUGUCGAUGCACCCCUCGACAAAAUUCCCCGGAGUGAUCCAGACCACGCCCUGUAUUCGGGCCAACUACACCUAUCUCAACCAACAUCGCAAUCAAACCCACAACCUCAAACCCCCGACUCGUCCACCUCGAUGACAGGCACCUCCAAUAUCGGCGACUUAGAUGCCAUCUUCAAGGAUCUCGCAUACCUUGAUACGACGGAAUGGGCCACGAACCGCGAAGCAGGUCUCAAAGACUUCGGCUUCUUGGAUGAUUCUACCUUCCAGGCCUUUUGUCAUGAUCCUGAUCGUCUGGGCGGAUCACAGCCUCUUGUACACCCUCCGUCUAUUGCCGAUAUUUGGCCUCCGCCCGGCUUCUUCCCUGAGACUUUUCAAGAAGAGCCGUGA